GCAGGGAUGCCCCUCGAGCGAUCACAGUCUACGUAGGUUCGAACUCAGGUUCGAACGUAGAUUCGAUUCGAGUAGAUUGCAGUAGGAUUUGACGUAGAAGGUAAUGGCGUCGAAGUUCCGGCGGCAGCAGCGGCGGAAGCGAUGGACAGACUCGGGCGUCGUGUUCCCGCCAGAUUACGAGGACAAGUUACGUCGGCUUGCGGCCUUGGUGAGCGACGGCGGCGCCAAUGCGUCGAGCCUCGAAAAAUUGGGCGGCAAGUUGGGCGGCGAUCCGUGGCGAUCGUCUGUCCUGCAGUUUGUCGUGGAAGCGAGGACGUUCUCCUCGAUGGCAUUCACGUACGGCGAAAUUCCUUGCAUGCAAAAGCUCGCCGAGGCGAUGACACGUGUGUGGAAACUGGCGGUCGGAAGUUGGGGUCCUUCCCUGUUACUAUCAUCAGCACCACCACCGCCGCCUCUUCCUCCUCCUCCAGCACCACCGUCAUCAUCGACAUCACCAUUAUCAUCUUCAUCGGUCUUGCGGAGCGCUUCUUCUUCGGAUGCGCAGGUGGCUAUGGCGGGUAGUACUUUGUCGCUUGCCCUGGAAAUCUAUCUUGAGGUGCUGUUCCUGGACAACUCCCGACCUCUUCAUCGCCAUCUUCUGUGCGCAUUGUGUCGUUUCUCGCGGGAGCAGAUGCAUCUGGUCGAGGAUAACGUUUAUCGUCAUUGUACGGACUACGGAUCAGGCGGCAGGAAGUGGAGGAGGUUCGGAUUGGUUCCCGCGUCAUCGUCUAUGGCCGCUCCUCAGUUCCAAGGGGUUUUAGACGGCGCGCUCAGGCGAUGCUCUGUCAUCAUGGCAGACUCUCUGUGUGAUGACCUCCGCUCCGUGGUCGAUGGCGCUCUGAAGGGUAUCAACCCAACCCCCUCUAUGAUGGACGAAUGCCAGGAGGCUCUGUCAUCUCUAUACACCUUACUCCAUAGGAGCGGGGAUCUCAUUCUCCUAUCGUCUCCACCAUCUCUCAACGAUCAAACCAAAGGAGGAGGAGGAGGAGGAGGAGAAGUAGGAGGAGGAGAAGGGGAAGCAGGAACAGGACAAGGGUCGAUGAUGAUGGCAUCAGAGGGAAGGGCUUGUGAUGGAUCAGAGGAGGAGGAGGAGGAAGAAGAGAAGGGCAUUUUAGGAGAAGAAGGUGGACGUGGCAGGAGGCGAUGGCGGAUUCGAUCCGAUGACCUGGUAGGAAGACGGAGAAGACCGUGGCAAUUUAAUGGCAGUGGCGGUAGUGCGGUCGUCUUCUCGUCGGUGUAUAUUAAAAUUUUGACCACUUUGAUAUCUGUACUCCAGUCCUCAGUGCUUACCAGAGAGUGUGUCGUGGCGGCGAGUGUGGCUCUCUGUGCCGCGCUGCAGCUGAACACGCCUGACGAAUUGCUUGCGCUGCAACUUGCUCACGCCAUGUUCGGGCGGGAUGUGGAGAAGGAGGAGGAGGAGGAGGAGAAAGAGACUGCGAAAAACACAGAAGAAGAAAAAGGGGGAGGAGAGCGAGGAAGAAGAAGAGGAGGAACAGACUGGGGGGUAGGAGAAGGUGGGAACGAGGAGGAGGAAGGACGUGGGGAAGAAACAAGGUUUUGCUUGCCUACUCGGGGGAGCGGCCGUUUGCUGCGAUAUGGGGGGGAACGGAAGGAGUGUGACGACAACAACAAUGUGGUACGGAUCGUGGCUGACGAAUCCUUACGAGCGGCGGUGGGCAUGGACUUCACAUCAGAGUACCGAAAAUUUACUGAUUUCGGGAAGCUUUGCUGGAUGAGGGGAAUGCUGACAGCACUACCAAGAAGAGCGUUAAAUGUACACCUGUUGAUGUCCUGCAGCAAAGCGGUGCAUCAUCGUGCGGCGGGUAACUGUAGUAGAGGUGAGGAGGAGGGCAGUUUUUGCGGCGGAGAUCGACGUACAAGUCGGGGAGGAAGGGAGCGUGAUGAAGAGGAGGACGGCAGGGGGCAGGAUGAUAGUUCCCCCCCGCCAACGGGGGAAUCGUCCGCGAGGAAGGAGGGGGAAGAGGAGGCCGCGGCGGCGGAACGCGAUGAAGAAGAGGACGGCAAGGGGGAGGAUGAUAGUCCAUCAUCCUCCCCGCCGACGGGGGAAUCGUGCGCGAGGAAGGAGGGGGAAGAGGAGGUGGCGGCGGAACGCGAUGAAGAGGAGGACGGCAGGGGGGAGGAUGAUAGUCAUGAUAGUCAUCCUCCCUCGCCAACGGGGGAACCGUGCGCGAGGAAGGAGGAGGAAGAGGAGGUGGCGGCGGAAGGCGAGAAAGCGAAGAAAGCGAAGAAAGCGAAGAACGGGAAAAGAAGUAAUCUCCGUUGGAGAUCGUGGACGCUACUGUUUGAUGGGAUACUGCCGGCUAUGUCCAGAUUCUGCGAGUUGUCCAACGACGCCCAUUUUAAGUUCCAUUCUGUUACCUGUCUGCAGAUCUGCUUGCAGCAGAUCAAAGCGUCGUUGCUUGGCGGCGUCACGCGAGAGGCUGAGGCGGAGCUCCUCGCCGCUGUAGAGACAGCAGGUGACUUGGCCGAUGGAUUAGAGUUGGGCGACUAUCUGUCUUCCAGUGCGACCGAGAGACUACUGCGUAUUGUGUGGAAUAACUGGGAAGAUCCUCUCACGCAGACUGUCAAGCAGGUGCAGAGCGUAUUCGAUCUCGUUGUCGAUGUGAAAGCGCUGGCCGUUUCUCCUCGUUGUCGUCGUCGUCGUGAGGGGCCUGGUGGUGGCGGUAAAGCCAAUCAGGCAAGUUUGGCGAUGAUCGGCGACGAUACCUCACUCAGCGGCGGCAGGGAAAUGGGGUCCGGCGGGAAUCGCCACGUGGCAGCAGCGGAGAGGGGGGCGGGGAAGGGGAGCGGGACGGCCGGCUCCCGGGUGGGCGCGGUGAUGGUCGAUGAGCAGGAGCGGCGGGCGAUGAGCGAUGGAUUGCGGCCGUUCGAUGACGACGCUAAUUCAACGGUUGCGGCGGCGCGCUCUGGAUCGACCGGUGGCGAACCCGAUCUUGUUGUUGAUGAUCGGGAUCUCGAUCCGGUUGCCGCUGACGACGAUGACGGGCUUGGUCUGCUGAAUUGUCAUCAAACGGAAGCAGUUGCACCUGAAGGAGGAGGAGGAGGAGGAGGAGGAGGAGAUCGUGUUCACUCCGAAGAUGCUGGGGAGGAUGAGUUCGAUAGCUUUCUCGUUGGAAUCGCCAACAACUUGUUGUCGAUAAGUGCCCACAGAAAAGGCCGCUAUGUCCCUCUCGCGUCUCUCGCCGUACGGCUCGGCGCGCAACGACUUCUUCACAUGAGCCCGGGUUUGCUGCAUGGGGUUGUCCUCGCCAUCAGGGACGAUGGGGUGUGUUGUCAGGUGAAUGCGUUUUUGAGGAUAUUUUUGGAGCGACUGAGAGAGGAGUGCUGGCGCACUGAGGAAGGAGCAUCACCGGGCGACGUGGCGUGGCGGCGCGCUUGGGUGCCGCCGAUCCUCGCGGGAUUGCUGUCGGACGAUCCCAAGAUACGCGGCAAUUUGACGACCUACGUUCUUCCAGUGGUCCUGCAGCUCGAUCGGGACAGCCUCGGCGCGCUUCUGGCUUUCGUACUUCCCUCUCCGCGUCGAGGUUCUUCCCCCUCGUCGUUGUCCUGUCCAAAGUCCCCGUCUUUGCCGGAGGAAGACAGUGUCACAGUCGCAGCAACGGCAGGUGGUCGUCGUCGGCGGAGCGAAAGGCCGGGGAAGCGGUGCGCGAACGGCCGCUGGCUUGAGGAGCUAGCUGGCAUGUCGGAGCUGCUGCCACGUGGCCCGGCGCUGGAGCGACACCGCGUAGCAGGGCUUGUGGCUGUCCUCAAAGUUGCGCGCGCUCUGGCACUCGUCGAUGGGCCCAUCGAGUACUAUCCUCGCUGGCAAAGCCCCCAACUAGGUGGCCACGUGGACGGCCCUAGCAUCUGGAUGACGAGGGCGAGGGAAGAAGGCGUGAAGGAAGAGCUCCUCGAAAACAAAGUCGGGGGUAAUGACCCUUGUGCUGCUGGAGUAGGGGACAAGGUCGCUGCUUUUGUCACCGAUCAUUGGAGAUCGGACGAUGGAGAGCAGACGGUUAGGAGGAGGGACAGGAACGAUGACCACCUCUCUCUGUCCCGGCCCCCUCGUCUUCCUCCUCCCAGGCUCGCGAAGUGGGGUCGGGAUAUCGUGCUUCCGGUGGACAUGCUAGAGUGCGCGGUCACGCACAUGGAUGAGCGGCUGCGCGUGGAUGCGGCGGAAUUGCUCUGCUUGAAUCCGAAGACGGCCAUUCUUCCCAGCUGGUUGGAGCUCCGCCUGCUGCGCUUAGCUAUGCCGCUCAAUCUCCGCUGCUCAUCGACUAAUUUCCGCAUGCGAUGGACGAGUCUGAUGAAGAAGUUCUUCGCUCGUGUGCGCGUGUCCGUUGAUCGGCAGAUUCAGAUUGCGCUGCGGCGGAGACAGACCGAUCGCCGCCGCACACAUGAGCAAGCUGCUUGCGGGGCUUCUCCCCUGCGCGCAGGGAAGGUGGCAUCGGGGGGAAUAGCAAAGGCGCGAGCGGCGGGGAAGCAGGGAGAGAUCAGGGGGACCUCCAUAGCGCUUGUUGUGUCGAAUGACCUGAGCAAUGGCCAUGGCAUGGGAAUAGGAGAGAGACAGGAAAUGAAGAGGUGGCAUCAGCAGGAUGGCGGGGAGAAAAUCACCGAGGAGGAGGAGGAGGAGGAGGAGGAGGAUACUGGGUGGGAAACGGAGGAAGAAGAGGAGGAAGAAGAGACGGGGUCUAGCAGCAUGACUGUCGCUGCUAUGCAAGAAUUUAUGCAGUGGAUGAGUAGGCUGCUGCUCAGCUCUCUUUAUCCCAGCGCGCCAUACGAGAGGAAGAACAUGGCUAUGGAGGUCCUUAACGCCAUGAUUGAGGUUUGGAGCCCCCGGGGCACAAUCAGCAGCAGCAGCACCAUCACGGCCGCUUCUUCUUCUCCCUCUUCCUCUUCGGCUGCGACUGGUAAUUAUACUAAUAAGAUGACACGUGGCGGUCAGGAUGAUGGCCACGUCGCCGCCGUGGGCCAAACAGCUGUAAAGACAACAGGACAAGCGAAUGCGAAGGACGGGGGUGCAGGAACUGGAGAUGAUGAUGCUAAGGGAGGGAAGGGAGUUGGUGACGAAGAAGAGGCGAUCGGACGGAGGGAUGGCUUUGGCUUUGGCUUUGGCUUUUGCCCAUACGACGAGGGUUUUUUGUCGGCGGCGGGGACUUUGGUGGUGGUAGGUGCUGCGGUAGAUAGCUGGGAUCGUCUGCGAGAGGGCGCGUUCACAAUCCUGUUGAGGUACCCAACCCCAUUGCGCGGGCUUGAGCAUCCUGAGCAAGUUGAGUCCGUGCUCAAGUGGGCCAAGGUUCUCGUCUCAAGCCCGAGGGUGAGAGAAGCAGAUGCAGGUGCCCUCGUCCUCCGGCUCAUCUUUCGUAAAUAUGUUGUCGAAUCUGGCUGGAUCAUCUCUCUUCACCCUCAGCCUCAAGCCCGUUUGCCACCAUUAGCACCUUCAGCAGCAGCAGCAGCUCUGGAUGCGGGAAAGGCCGGGGAAAAAGUGACGUGGCCGUAUGUCCCCGAUUCCAUUGCAGCUUACGUCGAGUCGCUGAACGACUGGUUCGAGUCCAGCGUGGAGGAAGGAGAAAGGGAUCUGCUCAAGGCUUGUCAGCACAGCCUGGUGCACGGGGUUGUCCUUGCCACGCGCUACACCAUGGAGGAGGUCGAUUGGAUGUCGAAGGCGGUGCAGCUAGCUGCCAGUCGACUGCGGGAGUCUCUGCAGCGCUUGUUCUCUCUUGUGCUGCGGGUAACAGAGCUGGCUCUGUGGGUGGUUGCCGCCAAUGCGCUCAAUCUGCAGAUGUAUAGCGAGGGAGGAGGAGGAGGGGUAGGUCGAGGUGAGGGGAAAGAGGAGGAGGAGGAGGAGGAGCAAGUGAUCUGUGACGAUGUGGAGGAGAGAUUGACGUACUAUGGAGCUGGGGAGGAACGCGAGAAACGUGGAGAUGGGCAGGGAGAGGAGGAGGGAGAGGAGCAGGAGGAGGAGGAGCAGGAGGAGUGGAAGGCAGAGCUCGCUCCCAAAGAGCAGAUGGUAAUGGUGGGUUGUUGGUUGUCCAUGAAGGAGGUGAGCCUGCUGCUGGGCACGGUCACAAGGGCGAUCCCUCUCCCACCGGAAUGUGGGAGAGAGUCGCUGAAUGGUGCCGGUGGUGAGGAUCUAACGCCUUCGUCAGUGGAAUACGGAUGCUCGAAAAAUGGUAUAGACAAGGAAGAAGAGGGGGAGGAGAUGGGGGAGGAGAAGGAGGUGAUCUGGAGGAGACGACUGCAAGAUCAACCGCAGCAGGAGCAACAGUCGAAGGUGCUGCUGGACGCCAAGCAGAUGGAAGCGAUAGGUGACCACCUGCUACAUGUAUUGCUAGCGACGAAACAUAAUGGAGCGAUCGACAAGACUCGGGCAGGUUUCAUUGCUCUCUGUGAGCGACUGCUGCGGAGCUCUUUGCCGGAACUCAAUCGGCUGCCAGAGGUGUGGCUGCAACGUCUGAUGACAAAAGCUGCGGCGAAGGGACAAUCAGUGGACGAUCUUUUGAGGAGAAGUGCAGGCAUUCCAGCUUCUUUCCUGGCUCUCUUUUUAGCGGAACCGGAAGGAGUGCUGAAGAAACUCCUACCGACGGCAAUGCGCUGGCUGCUUGUGAAGGCUUUGGGUACUGAGGGAGAAAAUAUUCAAACAGGAGGAGAUGCGGAGAGAGGGACAGAAAGGUGCGAAUUGGAGGGGAGGGGUCUGAAUGACGGAAGUAUGUAUGGUGGCAGUCAAGCAGAGCAGGUUGGAAUGCGAUCUGAGGACAAAGCAGAAGGUUCAGCGGUUGAUGAUCCCAAAGGGGAGGAAUUGAGCAAUGGUGGCAUUGAGGAAACAAAGGAUGGCUCGUCAGGGAAUGAGUAUGUGUCCCGUGUGCAUGCUUUCAAUGUCCUGCGGUUGUCCUUCAAUGACACCAACCUCUCGACUGACAUAUCGGGCUUCUGCGCGGAAGGCCUCGUUGCUGCAAUAAGAGGAUUUGCAUCCAAGCAUUGGGAGGUGCGAAACAGUGCUGCACUCUGCUUUGCAUCACUCCUCCGGCGGACGAUCGGCUAUUUGAACGCACGGAAGAAUGAAAGUGCACGCCGUGCAAUCACAGGCUUUGAGUUUUUCUCAAGGUACCCGACUCUUCAUCCCUUCCUUCUUGAUCAGCUGCGCUCUGCGACAAUGAGGUUAGCGGACAAUGGAGACAGCUUAAGGGGUGUUGCGAGCAGCUCUGCCUUGCAUCCGAGUCUGUACCCAGUGCUGACGCUUCUGGCACGUUUGCGGCCGUCAGUGAUGAAUACAGCUUCCGACGACUGGCUCAGUCCGUCCGCGUUCAUUCCGUACGUCAAGAAGUGUGCGACGCAAAGGAACUUCCAUUUGCGUGUGCUUGCAUCGAAGGCCCUUGCUCCCUUAGUGCCGCAGCGUGACAUCACAAAGGUCAUCAGAGAUCUUGCUGGGGAGUUACCACCACCCUCCUCAUCUGCCGACUAUUGUGGAGGUGGUGGGGACCACAUCUGCAAGCCUGAGAAAAGAUAUCUAUACAACCAUAUACAUGGCGUGCUGUUGCAGGUGCGUGCACUGCUGACAGUGACCAGCACGACAGUUCAAGCGCCCUCUACCAGUCGCCAGAUGUUGGCCGAGUUGUUUUCGGUUUUGCAGGGAAGAAGGUGGCUCGGAUUCCAAUCGCUCUGCCCAUGUGACUGGGUAGUGGAGGCAUUCCUGCAUGUGGCAGAAGGUGUUCUGGACGUCGCUCAAGAGACUGUCUGCAAAGGGGAUGGGGAGUGUGUUGCUUCCCCGGAAGUGGUGGGUCUUGCACUCAGCAUCCGAGAACUCGUUGUCGGAUUGUGCGAAGCCUCGCUGUUUGGUGCGGGUGCUCGGCGGGUUAGUGGACGUGGAAAGCUAUUCGCAAUGUCUAUCAGCCUCAGGGAACGUGCAGCUCGCAUGUAUUUUCGGAUAUCACUCGGAAUGAAAGGGGAGUUUGGGAGUGUGGUGAAGGGGACGGAUCUGUCUGGACGGUUAAGUGAGGGAAGCAGAGUCAGUAGUGGAUAUGUUGAUUGUGAUGAAGGUGGGAGAACCGAACACCAUGAUGGCAUGAGUGGUGCCCAUUGGUCGAUUGUGAGCCGUCGGAUUGUUCAAGCAUUGACGGAUGACAUGUAUGAGGUAAGGCGAGCCACGCUCAAAGUGCUCUGCGAGUUGUCACACUGUACGGCGGAACCGUCCCAGAGGAGUAAUGGAAGUCGAGGGGAAAAUAUGCAAGACAAAGGCCUUUUGAUCGGUCUUGAAUGGGACGCGAUCCAGUCAGUUUUAAUGCAGAGGCUACUGGUGGAGGAUCAUCCGGCAUGUGUCCGGCAAAUCAUGAAGGUUCUGUACGCUUGGAGCUCGUCAGGCGCUCAGCAAUGUAGCGCAACUUUCCCAGGAACGGGUAUGUCGAUCGUCGGUGCGAGUAUUGGUGGGAAUGAGAGCAUGAAGGAGGAGCCUUGGUGUCAUCGAUGGGGUGGAAAGAAACAUGCCUUCAGUUUGUGGGAUGCACUUCGCGGCAUUUUCGAGCAUACACGGCAGACUAAGACAAUGGAAGUGGCAAUGCUGUGCAUGGGUGGAUGCUUGAGAGUGCUGGUCGCCAACUUUGUGAGUGUGGCCUGCUCCGCUGAGGGUCUGGUGAUCAACAAUCAUGAGAUAAGCAGUCUGCAGGACCGUCUACGUGAAGCAGUGCAUUUCUGGAGGUCUACUAUCUUGAAACAGAGCUUGCCGGACCGCGCAGUGACCUCACGGCGUGCGACUGCGGAGGCAGUUGUGGCAUCGGGAUUACUAGCAUGUGUAGAUUUGAUCAAUAAGGGGGUUCCUGGGGGGUCACAAGGAGGAGGGUCAGAAGCAUUUGUCUGGUUGUCUGAGGCGGUGCUCGACAGCUGGGUGGUUGCUCUGAAGCUGUUGGAAGACGAAGAUGCAUAUCUUCGUCAGAAACUGGCAUCUGACGUCAUGGAGUCUAUGCCCCGGACAAGGGGAAGAAUGCUCUCACUAGAGAGCGGUCAGGUGGGUGGGACGAAUGCCAUCACGGAUGUCAAUGGAGCCGUUGCGAUCGCACAGGUGGAGAGGGUCCUCCAGCUGAGCUUCCAGUACCUGACGAACCAGUUGGCAGGUUGGGGUGUGUACUUUGACAGGCUAGCAGAGUGGCUGAUUGGUCCUCAAAAAGCCGCCGAUGAUCUUGACGUGGGGAAGGAUCUCGUCAAGCGGCUGUUCGACAAAGAGCUGGAUAAUCACCACGAAGAGGAGUUGAUGUUCGUCCAGCUGGCAUGCCAGCACAUGCAGAAGAUCAUCGUGAAACACUGUAGUUCCGGACACAGGAGACAAUGGGAAGUGGGACUGGGACACGGGUCCAAACUGGGAGGAGGCCUUGAUGGAGAAGGAGCUGUACGUUCUGUCAACGGAGCCGAUGACGAGUUAUUCAGGACAUUACGUUCACAGGUGUGCAGAUGGCGCAGAGUUUUUGCUGAGCGUUUGCGGGCUUGCUGCAACUUGGUGGCACGCCUCCAGUCGCGGUCACUUUGGGUCGGCGGAGUUACGAACCAUCAAGAUGGGUUCAAGCUGAUGUACCGGACACUAAUUGGACUGCUAGCGCUGAUCGAACCUCUGCCACGAAUGAUAUCAACGGACGUAGGAAAGCCAAGGAAAGCAGUGCAGCAGCAGCAGCAGCAGCAGCAGCAGCAGCAGCAGCAGCAGCAGCAGCAGCAGCAGAAGUCUUCUUCUCAAAAUUCCCAGAUUUUUGUAGAGAAUCAUGCUCAGCUUGAGCAGGACAUGACUGCGGUCGCCAUGCAGGAGGGUGGGGAGUGGGGACAGGUGCUGCACAGCUUGCGGCAUGCGGGGGAAACAAUGAAAAAACUCCCUCUCAACCUGCUGGUGUCGAACACGUUGCUCUACACCAUGCGGAGUUAUGAAAGGUUAUCAGGUAUCAGUCUGGGGUCUGACGAAUUUCAAGUGGCUCUCGGAAAGUCUUUCUGGGAGAAUUUCCAGCCACUUUUCUUGUUGGAUUGAUCGCAAAUUGCACAUGCGCACCUGUAUGAUAUCCUUUUAUGAGUUUGCUCUUUUGUUGCGCCGACCUAAAGAAGGAUAUGCUGUGAGCUGUGCACAGAUGAAGGCAGCCUUCAUUUGCGUGUUGUGCAGCAGUUGUAUCCUUUUUCAGUUUUCUCUUUUGUUGCAUUCGGUCAAUUAGUGGAGAGAGAGAGAGAGAGAGAGAGAGAGAGAGAGAGAGAGAGAGAGAGAGAGAGAGAGAGAGAGAGAGAGAGAGAGAAUGAAUGAAGAGCAUAAAUUAAG